AUGCUGGUGCCCGUCUUCACGCUGAAGCUCAACCACAAGAUCCUGCCCCGCAUGGUGGCGCUGGGCCGGUACGACGGAACCCACCCUUGCCUGGCGGCCGCCACGCAAGCGGGCAAGGUUUUUAUUCAUAAUCCUCACGCCCGAGGGCAGAGGACAAGUGCAAACCGAAUGGUGCUGAGUACCCAAGACUCAGACAUCUCCUUUCUCAACAUAAACCAGGGCAUCACUUGUCUGGCCUCAGGGGUGCUGAACCCCCAGCUGGGUUAUGAUUGUCUCCUGGUCGGGACUCAGACCAAUCUGUUGGCGUACGACGUGCAUAACAACUCAGAUUUGUUUUACAGAGAGGUUUCAGAUGGAGCCAAUGCAAUAGUGCUUGGAAAGCUGGGGGAUUUUUCCUCUCCACUUGCUAUUAUUGGUGGGAACUGUACCCUGCAGGGCUUUGAUCAUGAAGGAAAUGACCUUUUUUGGACAGUUACUGGAGACAACGUUCGUUCCCUGGCACUGUGUGACUUUGAUGGGGAUGGCAAAAAUGAGCUUCUUGUGGGUUCUGAAGAUUUUGACAUCCGUGUGUUUAAGGAAGAUGAGAUCAUGGCAGAAAUGUCUGAGACAGAGACCAUUACAGCACUGAGCCCCAUGAGUGGCAGCCGCUUUGGCUAUGCUCUUGCGAACGGCACUGUUGGAGUUUACGAGAGGACUGCUCGCUACUGGAGGAUCAAGUCGAAGAACCACGCCAUGAGCAUCCACGCGUUCGACCUGAACUCGGAUGGGGUGUGUGAGCUGAUCACUGGCUGGUCCAAUGGGAAGGUGGAUGCUCGCAGCGACCGAACGGGAGAGGUCAUCUUUAAGGACAACUUCUCCUCCUCCAUUGCAGGAGUGGUGGAGGGGGAUUACAGAAUGGAUGGGAGCACCCAGUUAAUCUGCUGCUCAGUGGAUGGGGAAGUCCGAGGCUAUCUGCCAGGAGGUGAAGAGAUGAAAGGAAACCUGAUGGACACAAGUGCUGAGCAGGAUCUGAUUAGAGAGCUUAGCCAAAAGAAACAAAAUCUGCUGCUGGAAUUAAGAAACUAUGAGGAGAAUGCAAAGGCUGAACUGAGCACUCAGCUGAAGGAAGCUGCUGGGCAGAGGGGUGUGAUCCCAGCCAGCACCCAGCUCCUGACAACCCUCUCAGUUAACCUGGGCUCUGACAGCCAGUCUGCCCACGUGGAGCUGUGUGUUUCCACCAGCAAUGACACAAUCAUCCGUGCCGUGCUCAUCUUCGCUGAGGGCGUCUUUGAAGGGGAGAGCCACGUUGUCCACCCCAGCCUCCAGAACCUCUCAGGCUGCCUUCGUGUUCCCCUUACUCCACCCAAAGAUGUCCCUGUGGAUUUGCACAUCAAAGCCUUUGUGGGUUACAGGAACAGCACACAAUUCCAUGUCUUUGAGCUGACCAAACAGCUGCCCCGCUUCGCUAUGUACGCCCUGAGCAGCCCGGACUCGGCCCCUGAGCCCCUCAGCUUUGUCAAUUGUGCCACCAAUGAGAGGCCACAGAGGAUUGUGAUGUGGCUGAACCAGAGCUUCCUGUUACCAGAGGAUGCAGAGUUUCAGAGCCCUCCCUUCCAGGUUUGCUUCACCUCCCUUCGCAACGCAGGGCAGCUCUGCAUCAAAAUCAAGCCUGGAGGAGAGAUUUCCAUCAACACAGAUGACAUCGACCUAGCUGGUGACAUCAUCCAGUCCAUGGCUUCUUUUCUGGCCAUCAAAGAUCUGCAGGUGGAAGCAGAUUUCCCUGCAUACUUUGAGGAGCUGAGAAAAGUCCUGGUCAAGGUGGAUGAACACCAUGCAGUCAAUAAGAGGCUCACUGCUGACAUGGCUGAACACUCCAACCUCAUCCGCAGCAUGCUGGUGCAGGCAGAGGAUGCACGGCUCCUGGCAGACAUGAAGAACAUGAAGGCAAGGUACAUGGAGCUGUAUGAUCUCAACAGGGAUUUGAUCAAUCAGUACAAAAUCCGUUGCAACAACCACACAGAGCUGCUGAACAACCUGAAAGCUGUCAACCAGGCCAUCCAGAGGGCUGGGCAGCUACGUGUUGGCAAAGCCAAGAGCCAGGUGGUGAGUGCCUGCCGGGACGCCAUCCGAAGCAACAACUUCCCCAUGCUCUUCAGGAUCAUGCGUGUGGGAACUGCCUCUUCCUGA